AUGAGUCGUGGGAUUUUAGGGUUUAAUGUGCAUGAUGGGUGUAUUGAGGCGAUGGUCCAUGGUUACAAGGAUGGGUUUCUGAGGCCAGAGGAGUACAGCAGCCUGGCGCAGUGCGACUCCCUUAGCGAUAUGAAGUCUCAAUUGCAAGUCACGGAUUAUGGCAACUUCUUGCAGCAGGAUGGCCAACUUACAUCACGGGUGAUUGUCAACCGGGCGCAGGAGCAUCUUGUACGUCAGCUACGUGACCUGCGGGAAUGGGCAACCCCACCGCUCUCACAGUUUCUCGACUUUAUUGUGUACGAACACAUGAUAUCGAAUGUAUUGAAGCUUGUCAUUGCCAAGCGCAGCGGUCGGGAGAGUCUUGAGUUACUGACGAAGUGCCACCCACUCGGUUGGUUUCCGGAGCUCGUGUCAUUGACCGCCGCUGCGGAUGUGCAGGAGAUGUUCCACGUUGUGCUCAUCGACAGCCCAGUCGGCCGUUUCUUUAGUGCCGAUGGCGACUUUGCGCGCGACCUCGAUGAGCUGUCGGUGGAGUACAUCCGCGGUGUAUUGAUGCGGAACUACCUGGAACAGUUUUACGACUUCUGCUGCGAACUCGGCGGCGAGACGGCGUCUGUCAUGUGUCCGCUGCUUGACUUUGAGGCGGACCGCACGGUGCUGACAUUUGCCGCGAACACAAUGGGGAUGCGGGAGAUGCACGCGGCGGAUCGACGAAGACUCUUCCCGAAUAUUGGCACACUUGUGGACAUCCACGACGAAAUUGCGGAGGUUGAAAGCAUGGAGCAGCUGCGGGAGCGACUGCGACGCUUCGCCGAAAUGCACGAGAUCUUCGACGACGGGAGAGGGGGUGCCGGCGGCGGCGUGGACGCGGACCGGCAUUCCGUCGAGAAGCGCUUCGUGGAACGGUCCGUCGUGAUUUACAAGGACGCCAUGACGCGGCAGUUUCAGUACGGCGUCUUCUACGCGUGGGUGAAGCUGCGGGAGCUGGAGGUAAACAACCUCCAGUGGAUUGCCGACUGCAUCAUGCAACGCAUGAUGCAUCGGGUUCACGAGUACGUCAAUAUUGUGUAG